UCAGCAAAUAUCCAUUCUUUUUUUUCUUUGAGUCUCAGUUUUUCAUAGUCGAUUUUCCUCUUCCCGAUUUUACAGCAAAAAAAAAAAAAAAUUAUAGUUGUACCAUCCUUACCAAUCUUAAUCUUUAAAGCCAAGAAAUAGAAAAACUUUUCUCCCCUUGAACUGAGACUAUUCCACAAAUUGAAGGGCCGACAACAGCAUAUGCUUUUUGCAAGAAUAAUUGAAAACAUCAACUGGAGAACAGAAUUCUUUUAAAAGUCUACCAGUUAUUUGAAGUAACUUUGGCAGAAGAAAAAAUAAAACAUUCAAUAUCUUAACCUUUACAGUUGCCUUCUUAGGGUUUGGUCUCUAAUUUGAAUUUUAGUUAUUCUGAUACACUUUUUAUUUUAUGAUUGGCUUUUUGUUUGACUAAACCAAAUUUAACUUAAAUGAAAACCUAAGUGCUAACAAAAACAAACUAAACCAAAACAAAACCAAAAACAACAUUUCACCAAAGCAAACUGUGAUCUCCUUAUAUUUAGUUUGAGCUCAUUUUUAAUCUUUCAGCAAGAGCAGUAAUACUGCCCUAGAGAGGGUGCACUUGAUUUUAAUUUUGCUUUCAAUAUGACGGCUGUCAAUGUUACCCUGGUUCGUGAUACCAAGUGGCUGACUUUAGAAGUCUGUAGAGAAUUUCAGAGAGGAACUUGCUCUCGAGCUGAUGUCGACUGCAAGUUUGCCCAUCCACCAAGAGUUUGCCAUGUGGAAAAUGGUCGUGUGGUGGCUUGUUUUGAUUCUUUAAAGGGUCGGUGUGCUAGAGAGAACUGCAAGUACCUUCACCCUCCUCCACACUUAAAAACGCAGUUGGAAAUUAAUGGACGGAACAAUCUGAUUCAACAAAAGACUGCCGCAGCCAUGUUUGCCCAGCAGAUGCAGUAUAUGCUCCAAAAUGCUCAAAUGUCAUCACUUACUUCCUUUCCUAUGACUCCAUCACUUGCAGCUAAUCCUGCCAUGGCUUUCAGUCCUUACUUACCUCAUCCUGGGAUGGGCCUGGUUCCUGCCGAACUUUUACCAAAUGCACCUGUUCUGAUUUCUGGAAACCCAUCUCUCGCAUUGCCAGGAGCUGCUGCUCCAAAACUGAUGCGUUCAGAUAAGCUGGAGGUUUGCCGAGAAUUUCAGCGUGGAAAUUGUACCCGUGGUGAGAAUGAUUGCCGGUAUGCUCAUCCUACUGAUGUUUCGAUGAUUGAGGCAAGUGAUAACACUGUGACAAUCUGCAUGGAUUACAUCAAAGGCCGAUGCUCCCGGGAGAAAUGCAAGUAUUUUCAUCCUCCUCCACACUUGCAAGCCAAACUCAAGGCAUCUCAUCACCAGAUGAACCAUUCAGCUGCCACUGCGAUGGCCCUACAGCCUGGUGCAUUUCAACUGAUACCAAAGAGAUCGGCACUGGAAAAGACCAAUGGGGCCACCCCAGUCUUUAAUCCCAGUGUUUUCCACUGUCAGCAGGCUCUGGCUAAUCUGCAGCUCCCUCAGCAGCCAGCGUUUAUCCCUGCAGGGCAAAUACUGUGCAUGGUACCUGCUUCAAGUAUUGUGCCCAUGAUGCACGGCGCUACACCUACUACUGUGUCUGCUGCAACAACACCUGCCACCAGCGUUCCCUUCGCUGCAACAGCUACAGGCAAUCAGAUACCCCCAUUAUCAGUAGAUGAACUGAAUAGCACCAUGUUUGUUUCACAGAUGUAGAAGUUACCAGUAGAACAUUGUAAUUCUGAACAACAGAGUUAUGAAGUAUCAGAAUCCCUCCGUGAGACCUCCAUAUGGCCUUUCUAUAUAUAUUCUUGCAUGUCCUCUUCUACCAACGCAACAAUAAGCAUGGUAUAGUCAAUAUAUUAAUACAAAAAUACCAACCAACAAAUUCAAACUAAAAAUAAAGCAUUAAACAAUCAAUGGGUAUGUUAAAACAAAACAUGAAUAGCAAACUAACUACCAUGUAUCUUAUUUGAAUUAUUAGGUAGAACACCACCAUAAAAUUUUGUAAUUUGUUACAUUAUUCUUUGUGAUUUUCUAAUAACUAUUAUGCUGAGUGGAUCUCCACAGUGGAUUUUUGGCUUACUGUGCAUUUUUGGUGGAUAAGUGUUUAUUUGUUUUGAAGUGUUACCUUACUGCUUUGUUUACACAGUAGCCUAUUGGGUUGAUUUAGAAUGUAGAAAUUAUAUCCAAAAACCAUUUUCUCCAUUAUUGUAUUGUAUUGUAUUGCAUUGCAUUGUAUUGGGGUAUAUUGUGUUAAGUUUUUACAUGCUACAGUGCUUUGCUGUAAUAUGUGUGGUGUUUUAUUUCAACUAAAAUGUUAUGAAUGGGAAAUAGAAAUAUGUGGGCUUGAAAAACAUAACAGGUUAAUGUUAAUAUGCUUUCUCUCUUUAGAAUAUUUCUGUAGGUUUCUUGGGGGAGACAUUUAAAAAUCUUACUUUUGAAUGUUCACAAAACCUGUUCAUAAACACGCAUGUGAAUAAGUUAUACCUGAAGAUCUGACCUUGCAUAAUGCAAUCACAUUACUCGAUUUUUUAUGAGAGAGACAUAAUCACCUGCAAAAAACAGGGAACUUCUUAAAACAUUAACCGCUAAUUUCACUCCUUAAAUAGCUUGAAAGACUAGAAUUUACCUUUAAAUGAAUUUUUCAGCAUUUAUACUAAAAAAUAUGUAAAGUGCCCAUUACAUUUUUUUGUGUGUGUGGCGCAUGGAUCCUAUCUCCAAAGUUGAGUGUCUAAAACAGCCAUUUGUCAUCUUCAGCUGAAAAAUUGAUACUUGGAGGCUUAAAGGUAUGCUAAUUACAGGUUAUAAAUUGAACAGGAGAUGGGAGCAUGGAUAUAUUUUUUACAUAUUGGAGGAAAGUGUGUAAAAACCAUUGCAAUGUAACCUUUUACACAAGAGACAUUUUCCAAAUGGUAAAUGGCUCAUGCUCUUUAGACUACUCUUUGAAUAAUAAGUAAGAUAACAAUCUAGCAAAAAUCAGUCAGGGUGAAAGAGAAUUGGUUCCAAGUGAGGUCUUUCUCCUUAGAUGGACAAUCUUUUCUGUUGAUCACAGUUGGAGCCUGAGUAUAGGUUUGGAGAAAUGACAGGGGUGGGGAUAGACAUUUAAAAUUAUUCUUUGAUUUAUUUAAAAGUUCUAGGAAGGAUGUUCAUAGUUGUCUUUAGCUCCAGCUCAACUGAGUUUCCUGUUUUGUUAAACACUUCAGUGAAAGAGCAAGCACCUGUGUGAUACAUGUCAAGUGUUGCUCUUCCCAAACUUUAUUAACAGAGUCUCUCUCAUCAUAACCAAUGUUGGUUUGCAUUUGUGAGUUUUUGUAUGUAUUUGAAAAUUAUAAUAGAGAGGUUUUUAAGACCCUAUGGAUGAGCCAGAGUGGCUGCACUCCACAGAGCUGAGCUAAAUUCACAUUACUAAUUCUUAUGAAAUAAUUUUAUAACCAAGUAAAAUAAUAAUUCCUAUGUUAUGUGGCAUAACUCCACUUAGUUAUUAAAGUUGCUGUCAUCAUACAGUGGUGGACCCAUAUAAUAUUUUGCAUCAACUUAGAUUUAAUAUUUUCUACUAAAUACAUACUGUCUCACUAUAAAGUAUAAAAUCAUCAAAUAUGUAUAACAGGUUUGUUUACUUCAUGAAAAUGAGAAACAAAGAGAAAAUCUGACUUAGGAUACCUUAAGCAGACUGGUAGUAUUUGAAUCAGAGAAAUAUCUCCUGACUCCUAGUUGUUCCUCUGUUUCACAUUGUUUGUACUUAAGAACAUUUGAGACUCCAUCCCAAAGCAGAUCAAUUUAGUUCAGAAUACAAAAGAGUAAAAUUAGUUCUUUUGUAGUUGAUAACAUGUUGAUCUUAAUUGUCAAUCCAAAUCAUGAUCAUCAGUGAUUUCUAAAUGGUUUUGCUUGCAAGGAGCCAUUGCCGUCUGUUAACAGUGUUGCGUGGAGUUAAAGAACAAGAGGUGUCUUGACUUUUACCUAUUGAUUCUUUGAACCACUUAAUUUCUUUUUCUCCAAAUCUUAAUAUUGUUAGAGAAGAAAGAAGAGUAUACCUUUGUGAAAUUAUUUGUGUUUGGAACUGAGUUUUGUAUAACCUGUGCCAGUGCCUCUCCAGGAGGGCAGAUAUGAUCACAGGACUCCAGGAAGUUUGCACCUGAGCUGGUCUGGAUGUAUUCCUGAAGGAGACAGAGAUGUUUUCAGUGCAAAAUGAACUUUUUUGUGUAGUUUGACAUUUUGAUGCAACAUACUGUCUCAUUUAACUUUUUAAGCUUCUGACAAAGAUGUUCAUAGACAGUAAAUCUAAAAUACAGCUGUUUUCAUGUUGCUUUAAGCACUGGAGGACAUUAAUAAUGACUUAUUUUUUAGUAAGAGGUUUGGUGAGGAAUAUUCAGGGUAGUUGUGUUUCAGGUGCCACAGUUUUUGAUAUUGUUGGCCUUUUAAAAGUUGCUUUGUAAAUGAAUUUAAAGAAAGAAAAGUCAAAGCACUAAAGUUUUGAUCUAGAUGCUGAAGAAUUUUGACAAAAAUGCAAUUUUAAGAUAGCAUUCUUUGAACUAGUUGUGUAAUGACAUAUCUUUAUUGAAGAAAAGAAAGGAAGAAAGGUUAGUCAUUAGACUAUAAAAAGAAGUCACAAAACUAAUCAGUGACUCUAAACAAUAAUUUACUAAAUGAAUUGUAUAUAUAAAAUUCUAAUCACUUGUGAUUCUUAGUUAACAUUUUAUAAGCUUUGUAAUUUGCAAGGGCCUCUAGUUUUACUUUUCCAAAAUUAAUGUUUUUGUCCAUUUCUCUUAGCCUUUUGCAAAAAUGUGCAAGAGUGCUGAAACUUGGAUAAAAUAAGUCAUGUAUACAGAGAAAGUAAUCUAAAAGUUAUCUUUUAAGAGGGUUUUAGUAGUAUCAAUUUUUUUAAAAGCACUGUGACCAUAACAUAUUUUAAAGAGGGGUGAAGAUUAAAUUAAAAUUAAAUGGAUUCAUAAAAUUGCUAUUUAAAUACAGUAUUUACUUUUACAAUUGGAGCAUGAUUCCACAGCCAGCUGUUGCAUUUCAUUUGUCUCGAUUCUUCUUUCUUUAAUCAUGAUGUGAAAAGCCAUCUUCUCUCGACUCCAUCAAUCUUUUCCAUCUGUUUUUGAACGUGCUUUAACGUACUCUGAUCUUGCCAAAAGCAUUGUCCUACACCACUAGGCUGUGUUCACUAAUGGGCAGCCUCAGCUCACCAGCUCUCCAAUUCGGUGAAAGCAAGUACCUCCUCACUUUAAUCAGCAGGAACCGAAUAAAAUUAACCUUUACAACUUGAAUCUGUUUUUAAUGGCAUGACCAGUAAGCGUAGUAAUAUCUGAAUAAGGACAACAUUGGCAUUAAAUUUUAUAAACAAUAUGUAAGGAAGACCCGUGUGCUACUUGGAAUGUUAUUUGGUUCUUUUCCCUCUCCUUUGGAGAGUGUAGGUGAGGAUGCUCUUAGAUAAAAUGCGGCCACAGAUUUCUGAGUUAUUUUAAUUUGUAGGGUAGGCUGUUAUGCACAAAAUGAUUAGAAACUGGAACCCUCUUUAUUUAAACCUCUUCUACAUUAAGUACAUAUUGAAAUUGAAAUAGGGAAAUAUGAUUUCCCAAUUCUGUUGAAUAGAUUUAGAAAGAUAGCGGCCUAAUUUUAAUUUUGCCAGUGCCUGAGGAAGGCAAUAGAAUGAAUAGUAUGUAAAAGAGUAUAACUUUGUUUUGCAAAUUUAGUUGAUAGUCUAAUCAAACUGUAAAUAUAAUUACAAAUUAAGUUUCUCAGCACCAACUCACUAAUUGGUGCCGUGUUUUAAUUUUUCUUGUUAGUUUUUAAGUUUUUGAUUUUUUUUGUUUUAUAUCUCUAAGUAACUAAUGAAUUUACUUUUGAAGGAGAUUUAAAGAAACUUUAAGAUUUUACUACAUGUAUUCAACCUGCCUAGAUAGGUUCUAAACUGACACUGAAGCAUAACAAGAUAUAGAUUAUAAUCCAUAACUAUUCCUUACAGUUCACAGUUUAAGAACAAGCUUAACUUUAUAUACAAAUAAUAAUUUUAACUAAUUAUAUUUAGUCGUUGCUUUAGCAACAAACUACAACAUGGCUACCUUAAGAUACCUUUUUUGGUGAAAACUGUACUUGUAAACUGUACAUGGUUUUUGACAGUAUGAGCAAAUAGAAGAUACAUCUCAAAUCUCAGAAAACAGAUAUGGUUGAUUUUCUUUUUAACCCAAAUUCCCAUGUGAAAGCUGAAUUUGUGUUCUUGUGUGACUUUUUCAUCAAAAAGUUUACAACGCGUGGAUUCUAGAAUCAGGCUUCAUAGCUUAUAGAAUGUGUUGUGUGGAUAGGGUUAUUCCACAGUAUUUAGACUUCAAAACACAACUGCUAUGUUUGUAAUACAUUACCUGACCUUUUUUUCAUAACUUCAUUUGUUCAAAAUUAUUCAAGUGGCAUAGCUGUUAGAUACAAAAAUUCUUUUUUCUGGCAUUAUAUACUUCCACAAAUAUAUCCAAAUGAGGAUUAAAGAAUGAUGAAAGCAUAUUAUGAAAUCAAUUCAUUUGUGAAACUAUGGAUAAAGAUACUGUGGAAUGACCCCUUAACAGUGUUUGAGAGCCAUAUGCUGCAGUUAACUGAUUAUCUCAGUUAGGGUGCGAAUGUGUGAGACACACCUUUUUUGCACUUAUGUACAUAGUCCAUGAAAGCAACCCUUUGAGCUUUUUUAAAAAAAAUAAUAUAAGAAGUCUGUGAUAAUAGUGGAAAAAUUAGUAGGAGAGAGUUAUUUCUAAGGCUUUGAGACGGAGGGUUUUUUGCUAUAAGACUUAACUAAAGUAUGAUGUUGCUUUGCCGUUGUGGAGGCUUUCUUGUUUGCUACAGCUGACCAAAAAGAGUAGACUGGUAACAGGUAACAGGUCAACUUCAGCUAACAGUACUGAGCAAGAGUAAAAGUAUUUCAUCUUUUAGCAAGAAUCACUAGCAGAGAAUGUUUGCUUUUUAAAUUAAUCCUCUAUACACACACACACACACACACACACACACACACACACACACACACACACACACCAGGCAGGUUUCUAACUGAGGUUUUCUGUUUUCAAUGGUUGCAAGUAGUGAAAUACUCAGUAAAUUCCAAGAUGGAUAUUCAAAUUAGUUUGCAUCUUUCACAGAAAAUUAUCAAUUGAUAUAUAUCAGUUACAUAAAUUAAUAUCUAUUUAAGUAACAACCAAAUUGUUUUUAUCAUUAUUAUAAUUUGUUAAUAACCAAAUUGUUAAUAUUUAGCCAAAUUGUUAAUGUUUAGCACUAUUUCCCCUUAAGAUCUAGAACCCAAAACCAAAUUGGCAGCCAUUGAAAGAUUUAACAGUUAAGUAUGGCCAGCAUGGGGCAUUUCACUCCCUUCAAUGCUCCUGAUACCACUUUAUUAAUGGCUUCAUUUAUCUAUACCUGUUCAGUGGAAGCUUUCCUGAUUUACCUUUACCAGAUUAGAAACUGCUUCACUGUGCCACUUCAGCCUCCCCCUGUUUUAACUAAGCAGAAGAGAAUCAGCCCAAAUCUUACAGACUUAAGAACUGGAAAAGAAUGUUUCAAUCAGACCUUCUCUGCCAAUUUCAGCUCCCAUUUCACCUACAGAUCACCAUUUAACUUUUUGUUGCCUCCAGGCAAUGAGGCCUAGAAAAGGUCAAGGUUAGAAAGGUUUAAGGAUAGAUCACCACAGGUACUUUCAGUUUGCAUCUUGGGACUUGUUGCCCUUGCCCUGAAGAAGGAGCGAUGCUGGGAUUGAGGGAGUUGUUGUUAGUAUUGAUACCCAUUUUGAUAGCUCUCACUUAGAGAGACAGGAAGAUAAGCCAAAGCUAGAAAGCAAUUUAAGCCUUACAGUUAUCCAAUAGCUCAGGGCCAGUUAGAAUAUUUUUACCCCCUUCAGCCCAUAUCACUUAGAGUGAACCAUACAACUAACAACCUGACCAUCUGACCAGCAUUUUCAUUGAUAUAAAAUGUAAGCAUUCAUUCAUUCUGUAUUUAAGAACUCCAACCUUAUCACCAAAGUGUUUUCCCAACUUAACUCAUGUUCUUGUGUUGACAUUUCCUUGUGAAUCUAUAAGCCCCAAUAAUAUAUUUUCAUAAGGUCAACAGAAAUAUAGUAAGAUUUUAAGUCAAGAAACUCGUCGAUAAAAUAGUAAGAAUGAACCUAGAAACAUCACAAAAGAUCCAAUUAAUUGAUGGCAUGUUGUGCCUGUUAACAUCCACUGGGUCACACUCUUUGGAGCUUAAACAUAGUGGUUGGGUUUAAAUAAGCAAAAUUAGAGAAUGAAGUAUAACAGAAUGUGAAUAACUUGAGGCCAAUAAAGGACCUCUGUUAUUAAACCCAGGAAAAUAUUUAGUUGACUAGUUCAUACAAUUUCCAGCCUCUACACUUGUCCUUACCUGGAAGAGAACUACCCUUUUAAUACUCCAAAACAGGAUUAUUCCAGAGAAAUCUUAUCUUUAAAUAGAACCCAUCAAUUAUAGUACUAUACCUAAAAGGAAAAAGCUGUAUCACUAUGAAAUGUCCCAGCUAUUUGCAGAUAUUGCAAAAAUCCUCACUAGUCAUCUCCUAUAUCAUAUUACUUUAAUAAAAUAAAAUACCUCUGUAACACGACCUAAAAGUAACCCAGCUUUAAACAGUGCGCUUUUUUUCCCAAAACACACAACCUAAAUAUUUAUCUUCAUAGAACUGCAUGGUUCCAAAGCUUUAUUUCUAUACACAGAUGCUGUUUGUUAAUGAUGAAAACCAGUUUGUUUGUUUUUUUUUUUGCUGUCUCAUGUGUCUAGCAGUUGAGAGAAUGAUAUGACCAUCAUAUCAUUGGAUUCUGGGGUUGCCCUUUUCAAAAUAAAUUGCCUUUUGUUGCUGCUUUAAUUAUUAGAAAAGGAAUCAUUUGUUAUCAUGUCCUCAAAUUACAAUAAUUUAAAUUAAGAUUUUUUUAAAAAAGAUGUUCUUAAAUGUACUUUUUAAAAGGGCUAACUCUGAAUUUAUAUAACAAUAAUUUGGUAUAAUGUAGAAAAUGGAAACAAGCAUUUUGGGUAUAAAAGAUCAAUUUAAAAAUACCUAUAGAUAAGAAAAUAAUUAGCCCUGCCUGUGCAACAAUUAUAGAUUUUGAUUACAAAAUUUCAUAAGCAUAAACUUCCCAUAAUAUUUUGCCUCCAGAAUGCAAUAGUUCAUUCCCUCAACUGCUAUCAAAGGGAAGAUGCUUUGAUUUUUGUUUUUUUCCAAGUUAUAGUGCUGUACUGCUUGUUUGUGUUUAGAGGUAUGCAUUAUACAACUCAUUUUAGUAUGCUUUUUCUAUGCUGUUUAUUUUUUGUUCUUUUAAUAAAAUGUUAAAUUUCUUGA